UCGGAAACCCGAAAGCGAGGACCUUCCCGAGCCACAGCUGCCGCCCCCCGCAGAAAUCCGGAGCGUGGUCAGAGUCCGACCGGCGGCGGCGGCGGCGGCGGCAGAGAUUUGUGAAUGAACUUUGCUAAGUAUGGAUUCAGGUGGAGGAAGUCUUGGAUUGCACACCUCAGACUCUAGAAUGGCCCAUACCAUGAUUAUGCAGGAUUUUGUGGCCGGCAUGGCGGGCACUGCGCAUAUCGAUGGAGAUCACAUUGUUGUUUCCGUUCCUGAGGCCGUGUUAGUCUCCGACGUUGUCACAGAUGACGGCAUAACCCUUGAUCAUGGCCUUGCAGCUGAAGUUGUCCACGGGCCUGACAUCAUCACGGAGACCGACGUGGUAACAGAGGGCGUCAUUGUUCCUGAAGCGGUGCUCGAAGCCGAUGUUGCCAUUGAAGAAGACUUAGAGGAAGAGGAUGGCGAUCAUAUCUUGACUUCGGAACUGAUCACAGAAACCGUCAGAGUACCUGAGCAGGUGUUCGUGGCUGACCUGGUCACUGGGCCUGGUGGACACUUGGAACACGUGGUCCAAGAUUGCGUUUCAGGAGUCGACUCUCCCACGAUGGUAUCAGAGGAGGUUCUUGUAACUAAUUCAGAUACAGAAACUGUGAUUCAAACAGCCGGUGGUGUUCCCGGAUCUACAGUUACCAUUAAAACCGAAGAUGAUGAGGAGGAGGAGGAGGAGGAUGAUGUCAAGAGCACUUCUGAGGACUACUUAAUGAUAUCACUGGAUGACGUGGGGGAAAAAUUGGAGCAUAUGGGGAACACACCAUUGAAAAUUGGCAGUGAUGGGUCACAAGAAGAUGUUAAAGAAGAUGGAUUUGGUUCAGAAGUCAUAAAAGUGUAUAUAUUUAAAGCUGAGGCUGAAGAUGAUGUUGAAAUAGGCGGAACAGAAAUUGUCACAGAGAGCGAGUAUACCAAUGGACAUUCCGUGGCUGGAGUGCUUGACCAGAGCCGAAUGCAACGGGAGAAGAUGGUUUAUAUGGCAGUGAAAGAUUCUUCUCAAGAGGAAGAUGAUAUCAGAGAUGAAAGGAGAGUUUCACGAAGGUAUGAAGAUUGUCAAGCAGCAGGAAAUACUCUGGAUUCAACAUUAGAAAACAGAAGUAGUACAACAGCACAGUACCUUCAAAUUUGUGAUAGCAUCAACACGAAUAAAGUACUUAAACAAAAAGCCAAGAAGAGGCGAAGGGGAGAGACGAGGCAGUGGCAAACAGCUGUUAUAAUAGGCCCUGAUGGACAGCCCCUGACAGUAUACCCUUGCCAUAUUUGCACAAAAAAGUUUAAAUCAAGGGGAUUCUUGAAAAGACACAUGAAGAAUCAUCCUGAUCAUUUGAUGAGAAAGAAAUACCAGUGCACAGAUUGUGACUUCACAACUAACAAGAAAGUGAGUUUCCAUAACCACUUAGAAAGCCAUAAGCUCAUUAACAAAGUUGACAAAACCCAUGAAUUCACAGAAUAUACACGAAGAUACAGAGAAGCUAGUCCACUGAGUUCCAAUAAACUUAUACUAAGAGACAAGGAGCCGAAGAUGCACAAGUGCAAAUACUGUGACUAUGAGACUGCAGAACAAGGACUAUUAAACAGACAUUUACUGGCUGUUCACAGCAAGAAUUUUCCUCAUGUUUGCGUCGAGUGCGGGAAGGGCUUUCGACAUCCUUCAGAACUCAAAAAACAUAUGAGAACCCAUACUGGUGAGAAGCCAUAUCAGUGUCAGUAUUGUGUGUUUCGGUGUGCAGACCAAUCAAAUCUGAAAACUCACAUUAAGUCUAAGCAUGGUAACAACUUGCCAUACAAAUGUGAGCAUUGUCCCCAAGCAUUUGGUGACGAGAGGGAGCUUCAACGCCAUCUGGAUUUGUUUCAAGGACAUAAGACACACCAGUGUCCUCACUGCGACCACAAGAGCACCAACUCAAGUGACCUUAAGCGGCACAUCAUAUCUGUCCACACUAAGGAUUUUCCUCACAAAUGUGAGGUCUGUGACAAAGGUUUCCAUCGUCCUUCUGAGCUCAAAAAGCAUAGUGACAUCCACAAGGGCAGGAAGAUCCAUCAGUGUAGGCACUGUGACUUUAAGACCUCAGAUCCGUUUAUUCUGAGUGGCCACAUCCUGUCAGUUCAUACCAAGGAUCAGUCAUUGAAGUGCAAAAGAUGCAAGAGAGGGUUCCGACAACAAAAUGAGCUCAAAAAGCAUAUGAAGACCCACACCGGAAGGAAGAUUUACCAGUGUGAGUAUUGUGAGUACAGUACUACAGACGCAUCUGGCUUCAAGCGACACGUGAUAUCGAUACAUACAAAAGACUAUCCACACAGGUGUGAAUUCUGCAAGAAGGGAUUCCGAAGACCAUCAGAAAAAAAUCAGCAUAUCAUGAGGCACCACAAGGAGGCGCUUAUGUAAUGAGACCAAUAUCAAGAAAGAAGCUGUUUGGAGAAUUUGAUAUGCUACGUGGCAGGAAAAUUUCACAAACUCUUUCAUCUGGUUACAAACUUGAUAUUAAAUCAUAACUUUACAUUCUUUGUAUUAAAGAUAUUUGAAUUGACAGGGGGAUCUCAUGGCCCUUGGAAAAUUACUGAAAGAAUUUAAGAAGCACCAUAGAAUGGCUGUAGAAACACUUCCUGUGUCGAUUUAAUGGGAUUAUAUGCAUAAACUAUGGGAAGAGCAAAGACUAUGACUUUAUUUGGCUGAUCAUACCAGAGAUGUGAUUCGGAGAAAAAACAUACAUAAUUGAAUAGUUUAGCAAGGAUUUGCUAUGACAAGUAAGUCUCACUUUUAUGGAACCUUAGCAAUGAGAUGGGAGGUAAAAUGCAGCCGCCCCUCACUCAUGUACUCAUUGAGCCCUUUAUAUGGUACCUGGAAAAUAAAUUCCAGAAAUCCAAGUUCAUAUAUUAAAAUCAAUUCCACUAGCAAACGGGUGAGAGUCAUUCAAUACUAUUCAAAAGAAUUUCAGAGCUGUUAAAAUGGUGAUCACAGGGCAGGGUGUUUGAAACAUUAGCAUUCCGUGCUAAAGUCUGAGGUGAAAUCUAAGGAUUAAAGUUCCCCUUUUCCUGAUGUUCAAGUUGACUGUUGUUCCGUAUGGCAUAUAUAACAGAAGUAUAUUUGAGUCAAAUAUGGCUUUCUAGAACGGAUGCAACCGGUAGUGUUGCAAACAAAGGUAGCACUAUAUUUCUUAAUGAUUUAAAGAUUAAAUUGAGAGAACGCAGUUUUCUUAAAUAUUAUUACGUUUAGAAGGUUUUUUUAGGACAGUCUCAGCAAGUAUGAUGGUUCCAGUCUUACUUGCUCUAAUGUUUAAAGGUGCAAUUUUAUGCCAUUAUUGAAAUUUUUGAUUUUUAAAAUCUAUAUACCAUAUAGUUAACAUGAAUUUUCAAUAUGAGGCAGUGUUUAUUGUUUUGUUAACAAAACACUGCGCUGCCAAUAGACUUCAGAGGUGGAUAUUCCGUUUACAGUGUAUAAAUUUAAAAUAUGCAUCCCUUUAACAACGCUUUGUGUUAGCAUGCUGCAAAUCAAAAUGGCGCUUAAUAUAAAAAGCUGGUUUAGGGAAAUUUAAUGAAAUCCUGUUCAUAAAUGUAAUGCAUAUGAUGUGUACUUUUAAGUUUUAGUUGCUUCAUGUUUACACUCAGCUGUUCAACAUAAUUAAAAUGUAAUUUUACUUCACACUAUAUCGUGGCUUUGUGUUUUAACUGAUGUUCACCUUUCUGUUUUUGCACCAGAUAAGAAUCAGUUCCUUGAGAAUAAAUUUUUUAUCUUUCUUAACUUCAGAAUAUUAAAUUUGGAAAAUCUAAAAUUGUGUGUUAUGUGGCUGUAAAUGAUGUACACGCUGUAAAAUAAGAUUGUCAAUGUUACGU